GAUGCACAAGCGGUUGGGGCAGGGUUUCUUUCCCUUUUGUGUGGACUGUAGAGCAGCUUCACCGGCACGUUCAACCUGGCAGCACCCACGGCAGGGUGAAGCGCAGGGAUGUUCCUGUCAUGCCUGAGAGGGGUCACAAGUUAUUAAUGGCUUUGUCAUCACAAAGGAAACAAUCAUUCGCUGAAACUGCCAGCAGGAAAACUAUGUGUCGAUCGGGCAAGGUCACCAGAAUGAUGGCCUCGCAGGAGCAGGUCUGGCCAGUCCCAAUGAAGGCAAUUGGAGCACAAAACCUUCUGACAAUGCCUGGAGGAGUGACCAAAUCGGGAUAUCUUCAUAAAAAAGGAGGCACCCAGCUGCAGAUCUUGAAGUGGCCAUUGAGAUUUGUGAUUAUCCACGAAGGAUGUAUCUACUAUUUUAAAAGCAGCACAUCUGCAUCUCCCCAGGGUGCCUUUUCUUUGAAAGGUUACAACAGGGUUAUGCGGGCAGCUGAGGAGACAACAUCAAGUAAUGUGUUUCCUUUCAAGUUAGUUCACAUAAGCAAGAAGCACAGGACGUGGUUUUUUUCAGCUUCUUCUGAAGAUGAAAGAAAGAAUUGGAUGCUGUCCUUGAGAAGAGAAAUCGAUCACUACCAUGAGAAGAAAGAAACAAUAACAGAAUUCAGUGACUCUGGUUCUGAUGCAGACAGUUUCUAUGGCUCAGUAGAACGUCCCAUUGAUAUCAAGUAUUCUCAUCAUUCAGCAGAUAAUGAAGAUUACGACCAGGAGGAAGAGGAUGAGUCCUACUUGCAGCCAGACACCUGUGACAUAGUGAAAGAUGAUAUGGUGCUGCCCCCAGCAUACCCACCUCCACCUGUUCCUCAUGUCAGAAAAGCUGCCUACACAGAAGCAAGGGCAAAUUCCUAUGCUGGCAAACCUACAGCACCAGCACCACCACCACCUCCUAAGAGGAGCUUACCUGACAUCAAACUAGAGGAUCCCGUAACCACGAGAGAACCGCAGUUGCAGUGCCGAGCUGAACCUAAUCUAAGGGUUCAAUCCUCAAGCCGGAGACUAAGUGAACAGUUGCCCCCUGUACCCCCUUUGCCUGUUUUCAAGAAGCCUGUGUGUGUCAAAGAAUCUCACCCAUUGCCUCCAGACCCUCUGCCUCCAGCCCAAGUUCUUCCUCUUCCAGAAGGAUGUGAGAAGCUAAAAAACUUAAACCUUUCACCGCGAACUCCUCCUCCACUACCAACCAAUAAACCCAAACUGUCACAGCUCACUGAAAAACCAGUGGAGCUCAAAGUGCCAAGAGAACAUGGUAAACCUGGACUGUUUGUGCCACCAGUGCUCCCAAAGCCACCUGUGCCAAGCCACCAGCCCCCUGGAAUCAAGCCUAGAGCAGAGAAGUCUUCAUGUCCCCAGUUACAAUCACCACCAGAUGGACAGAGUUUUAGAAGCUUUUCAUUUGAAAAACCAGCACUACCCUCCAAACCAAGCCAACCUGAUGAUGAUAACUCUGAUGAUGACUAUGAAAAAGUUGGGCUGCCUGCUUCAAUAUUUCUUAAUACCUCUGAAUCCUUCGAAGUUGAAAGGAUAUUUAAAGCUAGUAGCCCACAAGGACAACCGCAAAAUGGAUUGUACUGUAUUAGGAACUCAUCUACUAAGCCUGGAAAGGUAUUGGUUGUAUGGGAUGAACCUGCAGGAAAAGUGAGAAACUACAGAAUCUUUGAAAAGGAUGACAAGUUUUACCUGGAUUCAGACAUCAUGUUUUUGAACAUGGGAAGUUUGGUUGAAUACUACAGCACUCAUGUCUUACCUAGUCACGACAGCCUGAUGCUUCGGUGUCCUUAUGGUUACUCCAAACCAAGGUGACAUGACAGCCCUAGUUCACUGACACCCCACUGCCCUUGAGUUGACUGUGGACUCCUGCCACUGCUGGACAUCCUGCUGUUUGCACACACAAACUCAGUCUGUUCCCACCAUUUAUUCUCACAUGAAUUGUAUAUAAACACCAUAUAACGAACUCUUGGUAAAACCUUACAAUCCAGAUCCAUGGAUUUGAUGGUCUUUUCUUUCAAAAAGAUCUGAACUGAUUAUGCUGGGAAAGCUGUCCAGGAUACCCAGACUUUUUAUAAAACUGCUGCUAUCACUAAUCUUGGAAUGUCAAAGAUGGGCAUGAACAAAGAAGUGGUCUGAAUACAACUGAUCCAGAAAAUGGAAACUUGUGGACGUAUAUCAGAAUUUACUUGUGACAGGGAAUACUAAUACUCUGACUUGAAGGUAGUGCUCCUAAAGUCAGCACUGGUGCUCAACUGAGAUAUUCUUUUGUGUUACUUGUAUAGUUGACAUGUAAAUAAUGAAGACUUCUGUGCAAACUAUUUGAUUUACUAUGGGUAAAGAUGAUCAGGAAAUCUGGCUUUUUUUUAAGCCACCUCAUACAUAUGUGUACCUUCCAAGUACAGUAUCUGCAGUAAUCACUGUCAGGUACUAUCCAGCUGAUACAGUUGUGGUAUCUCAGUCUGAAUCUAUAUCCACAAACUUCUUUUUUUUCUGUUACCUUUUCAAAGUUUACACAUGCCCAUUUUAAUGUUGUUACCGCUAGAUUGCCCCAACUUUAAAAACA